AGGAGCUUCUUACUGACUGUCAAACUGCUGUUGGUCUCAUUUCAUCCAGCUGCAGAAUGGAGGGAACAUCUGUCCACAGGCUGCUGGCUCUGAUCUCUGUGCUGAGCUGCUCAACAAACCAAGCGCUCACAGCUGGUCUGACUGUGAGUCCCAGCAGAUCUCAGUUCUUUGAAGGAGACUCUGUGUCUCUGAGCUGUGAGGAACACAGCUCUGCUGGAUGGACUGUGAGGAGAAAAACAACAGGAGGACACAGGACUCAAUGUGGAGAAUGGGGGAAACCAGCUGGUUCUUCCUGUAACAUCAGCAGCCUCUACAAACAUGAUACUGGAGUGUACUGGUGUGAGUCCAGAGAGGGAGCAGCCAGCAGCAGCAUCCAGUUCACUGUCUCUGGUGGAUCAGUGAUCCUGCAGAGUCCUGUCCUCCCUGUGAUGGAGGGAGAUGACGUCACUCUGAGCUGUCAAACAAAGACUCCCUCCAACCUCCCAGCUGCUUUCAUUAAAGAUGGCAUCUUCAUCGGCAGUGAGUCUUCAGGUCAUAUGACCCUCCACCAUGUGACCUGCUCUGAUGAAGGCCUCUACAAGUGUUACAUCAGUGGUUAUGGAGAAUUUCCAUCCAGCUGGAUCUCUGUCUCAGAAAAACCUCCAACCACAGCUCCACCCGUCUCUCUAGAUCCUAUCCCUGCCUCAGCUUCUUCUCACCUGUGGUUCAUGCUGGUCUGCCACCUGGUGGUCUUCUGUCCAUACUUCAUCUCCACUCUCCUCCUGGUGUCUUUGAAUCAACACAGAGCUGCAGUAAGAAAUGACCCGCCUGUUGCCAUGGUGAUGACUCCACCCACCCAGGCUGAGCAGGGAUUGGAUGAUGAUUAUGAUGAUGUCACCACAGAGCAUCACUUCUGAACUGAUCAGAUUAUCUCCUCCUGCCUGUUGUCAUCUUUUUCCACUUGUUUGAAAACUAUCUGAACACAUAAUAAUGACUUCCUUAGACCACUAACAUUCACUAACUGGGAAUAAUUGACCAACUGAGUUGCACUGUAUUAUAUAAGACUGGUCUUGCAGCAAGAAGUUCCCGGGUUAGAAUCUGAGGCUGGGGUCUUUCUGCAUGGGAUUUGUGUGUUCUCUCUCAGUGAAUGCAGGGGUUCUCUCUGGGUACUCUGGUUUCCCCCACAGUCCAGAAACAUAACUGUUACCUGGCCUCGCUAGUUUGCCUUAGGUGUGAGUGUAUCCAAGGUUGUUCCCCCUGUGUGUCUCUGUGUUGCCCUGAGAUGGACUGGCAACCUGUCCAGGGUGUACCUGUCACCCAGUAGCUGCUGGAGACUCCAGCUCCCCUGUGACCCUGGAUGAACAAGCAGGUGUAGACAAUGGAUGAAUGUAUUAGAAUAUGGAUGAAAAUGUUAACUUGUAAUUGCAUCAUAAUCUGAUGACAUAACUGAGCUGAAUUGAAAAUAUUUGAAUUAACCAAUAAGUAGUUUUGCCAUCUGGGCUUUUCUAUCUCACUCUGAACUUUAUCCAUUUAUCAGACAUUUUUAUUGAAAUAUCGUACAACUUAGUAACAACAUUCACAUCUCAGUUAAACAAAAGGACCUAGAAAUCCACUAAACACCAGCAGUUAAGACAACAGUUCAGGUGGAGCUGAUAUAGAAGGUCAGGGUGAAGAAUAACAGGUCUGAUGAGCUACAGGUUCGCCAGGCAAUGCUAAUAAAGACAAACUACAGUGGUGAA